UCCCUCCUCGCACUCCCCGGCUCCGGCCGCGCGCUGGCGGGGCUCCGCAUUGCACACUCCGGGGGCGCCGCAGUGUUCGUGGGAUGGAGCAGCGGGCUGCCGCUGGCGGCCGGAAUCCGCGUGCAGCCCGGAGAGAUGGCAGUUUCAGGAAACCUGAAAAAAUUGUAUGCUGUGCUACCUAGAGGCAGAUUAUUGAACAACUUCACUUGCCUGGUGAUAAAUCUAAGGCAUGUGCAAGUCCUCUUCCGACGUCCCAAGUCCCCGCUCCCGGGCCCCCUGGAUGAGUGACGCCUCGGUCUGCCAUGGAAGCUGGCCCUGCCCUGGCCUGGCUCCUGCUCCUGAGUCUGCUGGCUGAUUGUCUGAAAGCUGCUCAGUCCCGAGACUUCACCGUCAAAGACAUAAUCUACCUCCACCCUUCAACCACACCAUAUCCUGGUGGAUUUAAGUGUUUCACCUGCGAAAAGGCAGCAGACAAUUAUGAGUGCAACCGAUGGGCUCCAGACAUCUACUGCCCUCGAGAGACUAGAUACUGCUACACUCAGCACACCAUGGAAGUCACAGGAAACAGCAUCUCUGUCACCAAGCGCUGCGUGCCGCUGGAAGACUGCUUGUCCACGGGCUGCAGAGACUCCGAGCAUGAAGGCCACAAGGUCUGCACUUCCUGUUGUGAAGGAAAUAUCUGUAACUUGCCGCUCCCCCGAAAUGAAAGUGAUGCCACGUUUACCACAACGUCACCCAUAAAUCAGACAAAUGGGCACCGAGGCUGCAUGUCAGUGAUAGUGUCCUGCUUGUGGGUGUGGUUGGGACUCACGUUAUAGCAGCUCAAAGGCGCCAUGUGUCGUAGCGAUCCAUGGGGACUUCGAGGGUCCAUAGUCAUGCAUGAGGCGUUGGCCUGACAGUAGUCACACAUGUGAAACCACAACACUCACGGAUGUCUUCACGGCCAAGCACUUCCACUUACCACGGGGAACAAGUAUUGCUCCAAUGUAGUCAUUUCAAGUCCAAAACCUCAUCAAAGCAGCCUGCCCCCAAAACAGUCCCUGGGUUCUAUACCAUAAACCUUUGUUUCCCCUCCAAAAAAUAGCUCUGCAUUUACUGAGAUUUGGGGCUUUUAGUUUGGAAUACAUGCACGAGCCACAGGAGGUCCUGCAGCCCUCUGAGAUGUUAGGCAUAUGUUAUAUGGACACGUGUAGAUCUGUGUUCUUCAGCAGAAAGGUCAAUGACCUCUGGUUUGAGUGGUCCGGUCAUGAAUUCAUUUAUAGCUUUAGAGUUUUAAAACUUUGAUUCCCAAAUGAAUGGACUAUUUCCUUGGAGAGUCUGACCAAGUCCCUAGAAAACUAGUAAGCAGUUUGUCCAAUUUAAUUGUCCCAAUAUUCUUCUCCCAAUGGCGGGACUCAAGGGACAUAAAAAAAGAAGGCAAUCAUAAAAGUUUUUUUGUAUGGGAGGAGAGGUGGCUGGAGAAGGAUUUUUCCCAACUUAAUGGAGCUAGAACCCAUAAGGUGACUGUUUAUCCCUUCAUAUAAUUGGUGAGAUUGGCCUUGAUUUGGCACCUAACUAUGCUCCAUGAAAUCCUGGAUUCUACCUGGACUGAUAGGUAUCCAAAGAGGCUGACAGCAGUAUGGGGCUAUUUCCUCCAGCCCUGAGGUUCUAUUCAGGCAUAGCUAAUUGAGACAGAGAGAGGAUUUCAAAACGAAAGGCAGAUGUGCGGGGUUGAUCCGAGUUCGUUGUGAGGGCGCAGUAAGUGUCUCUGCCAAACCUUUCAUCUGCAAUCUACACUGCCCCAGAGCCCUCUUUGUUCUCCCUCUUCCAGAUCCCCAGUGACUUCAGGGAGAAGGUUCUGCAUUAAGUUGUCUCAAGAUUGAUAGGAAAAGAAGAUGUAAUAUCCUAGGAUGAGAAGUAGAUGGGCCACUGGAGUGAUGGUGAGACUAGUAAAGAGACCCAGUGAGGUGUUUUUAUUUUUUUCAGAUGAUUGCUUUUGAAGUAAAUGGUAAGACUUUCACCAUCCUUCCUAUAUUUUUGGCACCUCCAAUUUUUUUUUCUUCCUUAUAAAUCAUUUAUACACUAUUUAUUUUUGUAUGGCAUAACUAGAGACUAAAAUAUAUUGUAAAAGAUUCUUUAUUCUGAACAAAACGAUCACAUUAGAAUACAUAUUUUUCAACAGUGGUAGAGCUUGUAAUAUAUGUUUGUUGAAAGUUAUCUAUAAUACUUGCACCAGUGUUGAAAAAACUUAAUUUAUGCUGUGAGCAAGAGUAAUGUGUUGGCCUCAAGGUUUUUGCUCGUGGUUUUCUCCGUGGUAUUGUCCCAGAAGUAUUCGGGUGGUGACCAUCACUGGUAUGAGUUUCUCUGCAGGGUUAGGGGGCAUAUUUGCAUGAACUUUGGUGGAGUCAUUGCUGAUCAGGAGGCCAGUUUUGUCAGGGUCCAUCUGCCUUGCAGAGGAAAAUAUCUCGGGCUCAUAAAAUGAGCCCCCUCAGGGACCAAAUGUGAACUGACAGCAGAAACUCUGAAACAAAAUAAUCUAAAUUGCAUCAAAUAGCCUUAAUUCAGAGUUUGGUAGGUUUAUCAAUAUGUUGCUUACAAUUGGGGCAGGGGAAGUAGAGGGAGAGAGAAAGCAAGACAUUUACUAAGCACCUCUUAUGUGCCAGACGCCACACUAAGCACUUUACAUGAGUCGGGUCAUGUAAUCCCUGCAAGAACCCUGUAAGGAAUGUUACUAGUAUUUACACGUUACAGAUGAAGGUACUAAGGCUCUAAGAAGUAACAUGAAGCCUUUCCUUCCAGUUUAGGUUAUAUGGGAUGAGGUGGAAUGGAAGAGGAAGGGAAGGUGGAAUUGCCACCCCUAGGAAAACUUCCAGGCCUGACAUCAUGGGAAUUUGUCCAUCUUAUCAUGUGGAGUUUGUCUAGUCCUGCUUCUAUACGAUGCCAUUUGUGUGUGUCCCCAGACAAUGCUUUUUCUUUAGGGGGUGUGGGUAUGGCUUCCUCAUUCAUUCCUUUUGCUAUCAAAGAGGAGGCAGGUUGAUCUUCCAUCUGAGGAUGCCAUAAGACACUGACAAUUUGAUGUAUAUACCUACAAAUACAUUUUUGUGCAUGGGUCACUCUCCACUGACACCUUCCAAGUACUGCAUGUGAUUAAAGUAAGAGAUAAAGUCCAAAUCUUGGGGCUUCCCUGGUGGCGCAGUGGUUGAGGGUCUGCCUGCUAAUGCGGGGGACACGGGUUCGAGCCCUGGUUUGGGGGGAUCCCACAUGCCGCAGAGCAGCUGGGCCCAUGAGCCACAACUACUGAGCCUGCGCGUCUGGAGCCUGUGCUCCGCAACAAAAGAGGCCGCGAUAGUGAGAGGCCCGCGCACCGCAAUGAGGAGUGGCCCCCGCUUGCCGCAACUAGAGAAAGCCCUCGCGCAGAAACGAAGACCCAACACGCCAAAUAAAUAAAUAAUAAUUAAAAAAAAAAAAAAAAAGUCCAAAUCUUGGUUCUUAAUGAGAAGGCACCACUCCAAAGCCUCCCUGGCUGGUGUGUAGGGACCAGAUCCACAAUGGUGCAGACUCAUCUGCCACCCAGGGGGUCACUGCUAAUUCCACACGGAUGUGGCUAUAUGCACCCCAUGUACCUGUCAGAAUGGCUGGUGUUUCAUUCUCUUCAAAGAAAGUGCUUUGCUCACCAUUCCCAGCCUCAAGGAGCCAAGGAAGGGCCAUUCAUGUGGAAGGCCCAGGACUAGUCAUCCAUCUGACUUUUCUACCACAUUAAGCCUUCCAUUAAAUCCUACGGUUGGUGACAGCUUGAAGUGCAAAGAGCCGCGAUGUGUAUAUCAACCCGUGUGCCAUUUACUUAUUGUUAGACUCCCCACAGCGUUCCUGUCAAUAUGGGAUUAAUGCCUAAAUUUUGUAAAUAUUGUACAUUUUGUAA